AUGUUUGUUAAUCAUCAUGGAUUAUUGAACAUUAAUAGUUACGAAGUAGAUCAGGAAGAAGAGGGAGAUAAAAAUGGUAGGAAUUCUAAUUUAGUUGUUGUGGAUAUUUACCCUCUCAGUAACUAUUACUUCACCUCAAAACAACCACACAUUUCCUCAUUCGUCAAGGAUCAAGAAAGCCUAGCUGAUCGUGCACUACGUCUCAAAUCCAAUUAUGAAAUUCAUGGAAUGAGGACUUGUGUUGAGGCUGUCAUAUUGGUAGAACUGUUCAAGCAUCCUCAUUUGUUGUUGCUUCAAACCAGAAACUACGUUUAUAAGCUUCCUGGUGGCCGCUUACGACCAGGUGAAUCAGAUGUCAACGGCAUGAAGCGUAAGCUAUUAAGCAAACUAUCUGCUGAUGAUGAUAGCCACCGGACAGAAUGGAAGGUUGGCGAAUGCAUUGGAACAUGGUGGAGAUCGGAUUGUGAGACAUUGCCUUUCCCAUAUCUACCUGCAAGUGGUAAAUCUCCCAAGGAGUGCAUUAAACUCUACCUUGUGAAGUUGCCACUGAGUCGGGAAUUUGUUGUGCCGAAAAACUUCAAGUUACUAGUUGUUCCAAUGUGCCAGCUUCACGAAAGUUCCGAGACAUAUGGAUCGGUAAUAGCUGGGAUUCCGCAACUACUCUCAAGGUUCUCUAUCAACAUGAUAAACACUUAAGUUACACUACAAUAAGUUAUGCAUGGUCCUAUUUACAAACUAGAAACAUCAUGGAUUAUAUAUGAUAGAUCUACAUAUUUAAGUGCACAUAUAUUUAUACUAUAUUUAUACUU